AUGUUUCUUGUUUUUUCGGAAAAUAGAAUCUUCAAAUUACCACGAUUAAUCCUGCAUGCAGAUCAAUACUAUCUGGUUAAGCGUAAAACUGUUGGCAUGUCAUGUCAGAUAGAGCCUGGUUGGCGUGGAGCCACAAUGGCCGAUGUACGUUGGAUCAAAGAUGGUGUACCUAUCACCGAAAUCGAAAAUGAAAAUAUGCGCAGCGAAUUGCUUGUCGAUGGGCCUGCCUUAAAAAUACAGAAUGGAAAGCAUCAUGCCGAAGGGGAUUAUCAAUGUUCAGCUCUAAUACGUGGUGUGCGAUUGUCUAAUGGGAAACAUAUUGAUACACGUCUAGUAUCUGCUCCAGUAAAGUUUCGUCGUGCCAGGAUUACCAAAUUUGAAAAAGUUGCAUCGGAGAGUGUGGUUGUGUUUCAAGGACAAAUUGCUCGUUUACCAUGCUUGGGAAUGCCUGACGUGAUUCCUGGUCCUCCGGAGAUAAUGUUUGAGAAGGAAGGCUAUGAUAAACUUCUGGGAACACAGGGCGAUGAAAGAUAUCUCUCGACAUCGUCUGGUAUGCAAAUACCUUUGUCAAAAUUAUCAGAUGCAGGCAGUUAUUAUUGUGUUGUUCGUAAUACAUUUAUCAAUCAAACUCGAAAAUCACCGCAUUUUGUUAAAUUAGAGGUAUUGGCAAAAAGAUACAACAGCAUUGAGCCUAUGCUUGUUUAUCCUGUAACAUCGUCCUCAGUCAGUGAACCAAUUGUUAUUGAUGUUGUUAAGGGGCAAACAGCACUUCUGGAGUGUAUCGUUACAUCUGCAAAAAUUAUUUGGACAAAGCUAUAUCCCGGCGAAACAGAAAUAUCAGUGAGUAGUGAAAAAGCACGACUGCGUCAAAUUUGGGGUAAUUUGCAAAUUCAACAAGUAAAUGAAGCAGAUACUGGUAUUUAUAUUUGUGAAAGUAUGGCGCUCUUUUCUCUUGCUACGGUUGAAUUUCCUAAAGUUUAUUACAAUUUACGGGUACAUGCACCAACUGAUGUACAACUUAUGCUGGGACAACUUGCUGCAGAUAAGAGCUGGAAGCUGAGCUGUUUGGCGCUAAAUUUGCAUUAUGAAAUUCCAAUGGUGUAUAUGAAUGGGUUGGCAUUGAUUGAUGCAAUGGAUAAGCUUGGUGUUCCGCCACAUACUAAUUUCUUUACAAAUCCGAUAAAUGCCACAUUGACUUCUAGUAUUGCAUUAUCAGGAAGUGUACAGUGUAUUUCACGCCCAGCGAUGGAUGAAGCGGAAGUAUACGGGAAUGGCUUGGAACGUGGUCGAGCGAUGAAUCUGUUUGUUGAUAAUCGAGUCAAUCAGCAGAUUAAUUUAAUUUUACAAGGGCCAGAAAAUUCCACCAAGGCAGUUGGUGAAAUAGCGCAGAUGGUCUGUUUGGUGGUACCACGAACGACGAAGACCAUUUGGACCAAAGAUGGUAAACGCAUGGCACUAAUUGGAAAAAAACGUAUCCGAUUGGUUGGGACAGCAAGUUUGCAAAUUUCCAAUGUACAGUUGGAAGAUGAAGGAUGGUACACUUGUGAAGUGACUGAUAAUACAAAUCACAUGACACGUUCUAGCGCCUACCUAAAAAUCAUUCCAAAAGAAGUGCUUGUACAAGUUGAAAAAGAGGAUGGAACGGGAAGUCAAAGUAUAAGAAAUAUCUUCUCUGAUAACGCUGAUGCUUCGCAAUAUCAAGAAGAAGAGUUAAAAACGGGUCGAUCGAGAGAAGUUUCAAUGGAUGUUCCGCGAGCGUUCAUUUCCGGAAGAAAUGUGCGAGUGCUGUGGUCACUGCCCAAGAGUUAUUCAUUUCUGAAUAAAAUUACGUCAUUUCAAGUUGAAUUUCGAGCUGAAAGUAAUGACAAGAAGUGGAUCAUUGGUGAUGUAGUAGACGGACAUGUGCGCGCUGUUACUAUCAAAGCAUUAGUUCCUGGAAAUAGAUAUCAAUUUCGGGUGUUAGCGAAAAUGUUGGAUCAAAGUAUUAUAUCAACUUCACCUACCGAUUGGCUUAUGAUUGAACAAGCACCCGAAAAUGAUGACGGAAUCAGUUCACAACUUAAUAUCACCUUUUCUCCAAUUUCGGAUACCGUCCUUCAACUUUGUUGGAAUUACACUACUUUGAACUAUAUAAAAUCUCCCAAAACUUUUCUCAUUUCAUAUGCUAAUAUUUCUGAUAAAAACUACACUCAUACGAUGCGAUUAAACAGUUCAGUUUCGAUGACUAAUUUAAGUAAUUUACUACCUUCUACGGAAUAUCGGGCCGUUGUCGAAGUUGAAUUUGCUGACAAAACGAGCCUACGAAGUGAACCGUCCGUUGCACGCACUUUAGAUAGAAUGUCACAGAACAUGAUCAACAAUUCCGCAAGUCUUUUGGCAUUACUCAAUCAUCGUUUUUCAUACAUGACAUCAAGUUGGAACACACAAAGUACCAUCCUCUUCCUUAUUACCUCAUUCCUUUCACCAUUUAUUUUCAUCAUGUUUGGCUUACUGCUAUACAAUCUGAGGCAACAACGUACAAGAAAAAUUGGCAGAGCUGCUCGUGGUAAAUUCAUGGACACAUCACAUAGAAUAUUUAACGAACAACGGGUUCAAAAAUCACAUCUUUACUACGAGCCAGCAAUAGCAAUGUCAGCCAUAAGUGAUGUGAACGAAUUUACUCCCCUUAAGAUGAAGUGUAGUGAGAAUCGGCCACCUUCUGUUGCAUCUUUGAAAAGUUCUUCAUUCAGCAGAGAUUACGACAUCAUGCCUAGCCCGUAUGGUGAAAAGAAGAAGGGGAAGAACACUCUUCUUACUUCAUUCAAAGAUAAAUUGUGGAUUAAUGGGAAAAUAUAUCAAAAUGUGAUAUCAGAAGCUAAUGAUAUUCAGAUACCAGUGGAAAAAGUUUUACAAACCAAUGAUAACCAUGACGAAUCUUUUUGGUUUAAAGGAAUUACGAAUAAGAGCCAAAUAAUACAGCCAAAUCACAUCACAGUUAUAUCCUCUGGUGUACAAUUAUCAACGUCAAAACGUAUGCAGCAUUGCCGGCAACAAGUGGAACAGCUGACGACUCCUCUAGGAACAGUCAAAUAUCCUCUUCCACAGAUGGUUGUUACUUGCACACAUUUAAAUCUCAAGCGUCAAACACGACCAGCCUCAUGUUUGGUAGAAUGCAUUUCUAUGGGAUUGAAUGAUACAAGACAUAAAGAUAUUGUGAGUUUUCUAAAGACGUUUUGCGCCACUAAAUGUUAUAUGAACGAUUAA